AUGUUCAAGUUCGUGGUAUUCCUCCUUCUUUCCGAAAAUGCUCUCUCGUUGGAGUUGGGCGAGACCCCAACUGAAGAAAGAGAAAUUCAAGGGGAGCUUCUGAAAUUCAAGGCUGACAAAGUAACUGCGACUUCCAGCAAAGUAACUGAAGACCAACAGACUUACGAGAAAGUUAGCAAAGAUUACAACACCGUAGGAGUACGAGCACGGCGUAUGACAUAUCGAAGUUGUGGUGAAGUAUCGUACAAUCCCACAUCUUCCAUUUGCUGCGCUGAUCGAGUAAUACGAAUUUCGGGUUUGACUUCCUCGUGCUGUGGAGCCAAAGCUUACAACACAAGGUAUGGCAUGUAUUGCGGUGAUAAAAUUGUCAGAAAAUCAGGCUCAGCCUGUUGCAGUUCCCAACCCUACGACAAAAGAGUCCGAAUGUGCUGCGCCGGUAAAGUAGUCGGUAAAUCUGGCUUUACCUCAGCCUGCUGUGGUUCCAAAUCCUACAACUCAAGAACACAAUUGUGUUGUGAUGGUAAAGUAGUUGGUAGAUCGGUUCCAGCCUUGGCUUGUUGUGGAUCUCAAACCUACGACAAAAGAUUCAGAAUGUGCUGUGGCAAUAAAAUAGUCGGUAAAUCUGGUUUUACCUCAGCCUGCUGUGGUCUACAGUCAUACAACACGCGAAGCCAAAUGUGCUGUGCCGGUAAAAUAGUCGGUAAAUCUGGCUUAACCUCAGCCGCCUGCUGUGGUUCCAAAUCCUACGACACAAGAAGACAAUUGUGUUGUGAUGGUAAAGUAGUUAGUAGAUCAGUUCCAGCCCCACUGGCCUGUUGUGGAUCUCAAACCUACGACAAAAGAUUCCGAAUGUGCUGUGGCGGUUAA